AUGCAGGAAAAUGAUUUCUGGGACUUCAAUGUCCGGAACUUCUCUCACUUCCGACCGGGCAAGAUUUUGAAGAACGGAAGCCUCAUCAACCUCAUCUCGAUGCGAUCCUGGCAGCCGCCAGCAGUCUGCCAACUGGCAGAAAAUACGAAGGACUACUUAGAAACAGUUGCACCCGAAAAUUUAGCUGCAACGAUGCUCAACGACCUUUUGCUGAUGACACCAAACGAUAGGAUUGCGCUUGCAGGUGCGAGGAAGAGGAAGCUGACACACGAGAAAUAUGCCCGUUUGCUGCAAUUGACAAGACGACAAACUGAAAGAAUCUGGGAUCAGGUUGAGAUGAUGGCGAGAGGGGACCUCCAUAUCAACGGAUAUAGCCUGAGCCAGUGUCUCGGCAUCCUUCUCCUGUCAAUUGGAGAGGUUAUAAGCACUCUAGCAGACAUCUUGACGGCACUGCGCGAUUUUGAUAGUUCCAGUGCCGCAUACUUCAGUGCCCUGGCAGACGCGCAGAGUUUCAAUCGCGGCGUCUGGCGUCUGAUCGAUGACAUCGCCAUGGCCUCCGAUUUCCCGGAGCUGAGAGAACAGGCUUAUGAUCUGUGUCGAACCGUGGAUAAUACGCGCAUGUUAAUCACUGCCUCCUCAGGAACGCCAUCAGGAAUAUCGCUAGAGGAUGACAUGGCUCUCGCGGAUCAAGACGAAGCCGAUUGUGUGCAGAGAAUUGAAGCGGCAAGAGCACAUCUGGAGAAGGGUGACGAUGAUACCUACAGCUAA